AUGGCAAAGGCGUACGAUCGCUUGGAGUGGAGCUAUCUUCACCAUAUGCUUGUAGUAAUGGAUUUCAACACUACUUGGAUUUUUUGGGUUAUGAACUGUGCAAGAACUUCUGUCACGUUCGCCGUGAAUAUCAAUGGUUUCCCAAAAGGAUUUAUUGUCCCAUCGAGAGGGCUUAGACAAGGGGACCCUCUGUCCCCUUUCUUAUUUCUAAUCUGUGCAAAAGGCUUUAUUCACAUGUGUAAUCAGGCUCUCUACAAUUGUACCCUUCCUGGGGUUAGGAUUGUGAGAUUGUCGCCUACCAUCAAUCAUCUUCUUUUCGCUGAUGAUUCUCUGUUUUGUUGUCCAGCUUCUCACUUAGUCGUGGCUCAACUUCUCCAGAUUCCCCAAACUUACAGCAAUGCUAGUAGUCAAAUGACAAACUUCAACAAGUCAGCUGUUUUCUUUAGCAAAAACACUUCUUCAAGAACUCGAACAGACCUUGCAAAUUUUCUUGGUAUUUCUCCUAUCGGAGCUCAAGACAAAUACUUGGGUCUUCCUGCUGUUAUAAACCGCUUCAAGAGGCAGAUUCUGAUUGACCUCAAAGUAAGGAUUAUAAGAAAGAUAGCAGGGUGGAAAGAGAAACUCUUGUCAACGGCAGGGAAGAAAAUCCUUAUAAAGAUUGUAGCCUGUGCAAUACCCAUUUAA